CAACCGACCCUACACUACGAUCAACCGGUCUCACUUUCUCCUCCUCCAAACACACCGCUAGAGAGAGGGGGAUUUAUUAGGGCAAACAGCGAACUCAGAUUGACCUAGAAAAAAAACAAAAAACCAGACGAAUUCGACGUUCUGAGAUUGAAUCUUUGUUGGUCAGCUUGCUUGUCAAACAGUGAUUUCCUGUAAACAGCCUAAGCACACUUGGCUCUUUGCCAAUGGACAAAGGAGUACCAUCUAGCCUCUUUGUUAAUGAUGGUUCAUUCAUGGAAAGGUUCAAACAGCUACAACAGGAGAAGGAGAAGGAUAAUGACAAGAAGAGCUCUGCUGCGGGGGAGCCUAGACCAGUAAAAAUUUUAUCAGCAACUUUGGCCCCUAACCCUACCAUAAAUAAAACCAGUGUGGAUCUUAAGGCUAAUGAUACUCGCAAGACUACACAUGCUGUUUCAACCGGAAAACUUGCUUUCAGCUUGAAACAGAAGUCAAAGCUUGCAGCUCCGCCAGUUAAGUUAGGUGCGGAUGAGGAUGAAGAUGAAGAAGAGACAGGUGAUGGAAAUGUUUCAGGUGAUGCAGCAGCAAAAAGACAAAAGCUAGGUCAGCCAGAUGACCAUGAGCAAGCAUCACGACAAUUGGAUGGUGCACCAUCAUCCCCAAGUGAUCCUACAGUCAAGAAAGUUGCUGACAAAUUAGCAAGUUUUGUGGCUAAAAAUGGAAGGCAAUUCGAGGAUGUUACUCGUCAAAAGAAUCCUGGAGACACCCCUUUCCAGUUUCUAUUUGAUAAGAGUUCCGCAGAUUACAAGUACUAUGAAUACCGGCUUGCUGAAGAAGAAAAGGCCCUUUCACAAAACAGGGAAUCGCAAACAUCUAGAAGUGGUUGGUCAGAAUCCCAAACAUCUCGAAGUGGCACAAAUGGUAUACAGAGAUCUUUCCAUCAGCAAUCAAACUAUCAGAUUCCUGCCUCCGCUUUAUAUGAAUCCAACGGGAGUUCAAGUACAUUACAAACAGGAUCAGCAGAAAGAGCUGGGGAAUCUGGUGCACCACCAACUGGUGCGGAUCCCAUAGCAAUGAUGGAGUACUACAUGAAGAAGGCUGCACAUGAAGAAAGGAAGAGACAACCUAAACAUUCAAAAGAUGAGAUGCCCCCACCUCUCUCUCUUCAAGCAUCUGGUAAGAGGGGCCACCACAUGGGUGAUUACAUUCCUCCAGAGGAGCUGGAGAAGUUCAUGGCUUCCUGCAAUGAUGCUUCUGCACAGAAAGCUGCAAAAAAGGCAGCAGAGAAGUCAAAAAUCCAGGCUGAUAAUGUGGGUCAUAAACUCUUAUCCAAAAUGGGUUGGAAAGAAGGUGAGGGUCUGGGGAGCUCCAAAAGUGGCAUUGCAAAUCCAAUUAUGGCAGGCGAUGUCAAGACAAACAAUUUGGGGGUUGGUGCUAAUAAUCCUGGUGAGGUGCAUCCUGAAGAUGACAUAUAUGAGCAGUAUAAAAAGCGUAUGAUGCUCGGUUAUCGUCACAGACCCAAUCCUCUGGGCAACCCACGGAAAGCAUAUUACUGAUAUUGCCAUGCAAGCCAAUAUACCUGUUUGGUCAAUCUCUAUAAGAUUAUUAUCGAUGUUUAAGAACGAUGAGAACAGAAUGUCUUGUGCAAAACAAAACCUAGUUGGAGUUUCCUUGGAAUUCGUUAUUGUUUGCGAUGGUCUAUUUUUUAUUUUAUCUUAAUUUGGUUUUGCCUGAUGUGUUAUUUUGUCAUCCUUGAAUUAUUGUACUCUAGCAUACUUUCAGGCAGAUCUAUAAAAUAACAAGGAAUCAUAUGGCAGAAUUG